GCCCCGGCCGGCGCCUGGGCGCGGAGCCAAGGGGGCGCCCGGGCUGCGGGAGCCGCGGCAGGAGCCCGGCGGGACGUGGGGAAAGGCACGUGCGAUGGGCUCCACUGCAGUGGCAGGAAUUCAAUCUGUCGCCUCCCUGACCGGUGGCUUCCCGGUCUCCACUGUGUCUUCUCGAUGCACCGGCCAAGACCAGCAGGAAGGAAUGAUUGAAGAAACCUGUGGCUAGUCACAUGUUGAUCUGCCUCAGUCUUAAAGGGAGAAGAGAGAGAUUCAGGAAGUUUUGGGGGACUGAAACGAGCAUGCUAGAUAGGCACUCUGCUGCUGAGACACAUACCCAGGCUAGAUGUGGAUUUCCAAUUCCCACCUUUGCUCGAGCACUUAAUUCAUGAAAUGGGAUUGUGAAGACGGACACUACCAAGGGCUUCCGCCCAACUUUUGCUCUGUGGAUGAUGGGUGACAAUAGACCCUCAGACCAUCUUAGGCCCAUGGAAUUUCUCAACAUCCGCCUGGAAGACAACCUACAGCCCUGCCCGGGGACACGUCCAAAUGAAAUACGUGGUCCUCCAGGCCCUUCUGAGCCUUGCCAAGAAGGCUCCUGGCCCUUUGACCCGCCUGAAUCCACCAGGGCUGAUGCUCAUCAUGGUGGCUGUGGUGUGGAGCCCGCUCACCUGGGAAACUACUCUUUCCAGGGGGAGGCCAAGCAGACUCCAGCAUCACUGCAGCCAGCGGGGGACCACUGCUCUCUGGGGAGUCCGCGGCAGAACCAGAGCUCAUCCACCCAGGUGGUGUUCUGGGCUGGCAUCCUGCAGGCCCAGAUGUGUGUCCUGGACCUGGAGGAGGAGCUGGAGAAAACGGAGAGACUCGAGGCAGAACUUAGGUGCUGCAUCCCCCCACCCUCUAAGGACUUCCUUGGUGAUGUGGGCCUGAGCCCCAGCCUGCCCAAGGAGGAUGAAGACUCUGGAGAUGACAGCAGUGAGCCUGAGGAGGAAAACCAGACCUGGCCUCGGGGACACCUGCCAGGCUCCUCCCCAGAGUGGGGUGCUGAGGAGGACAGCAUCUUCUUUGACAAUCCACUCUUCCUGGAGAGCCCUGGCUCAGAUACCAGUACUGAAGGAGAAUGCUUUUCCUGGGGGUACCCAGAUUCCCACCCAGAUAUGAAGCGCCAUAGCCCUCAAGCCCUAGAUUCUCCACUCCCAGAAGGCACAGGGCUCUGGAGACCAGGAAGUGAGCUGGAUUUGGGGAGCAACACUGGUGGUCACAGUGGGUGUGCCACCCCUCCAUUCCCUGUGCCCUCCUAUAAGCUUCACCCCUGCUUGGCCUUAGGGUCCACUGACGGGGCUCCCACAGUACCUCCUGAUCAGGAGGGGGAGACUUUCCUGGAAGAUGCUCUUAGCCCUGGCUCACCUAAGGCACCCUCUGUGGACCAUGAGUUGAUCCAGGAAUCAGAUAACUUCGGAUUUGACCUGAGUUCUGCCACCACACAUCCUGUGCAGCCUUGGCUCUCCCAGACCCCCCAGAGCCUCUCUGACCUGACUCCACCCACACAUGAGGUCCUGCAGACAGAAGAUCCUUCCUGGCCCCAGGAGCCUCUUAUCUCCCAGAAUGGAGGUGAGAGGGAUGCUGGCUGUUUCCAGGAGCCCAUGCCCUGCACCUCGGCCCCCUGGGGGAGCCAAGCCUCUUCGCUGGAGCCCAGCUGCCCAGAAUCCCAGGACAGAGGCUCUGGCCCCAGGUCCAGCCAGGUGUCUUCCCAAGAGGGCAGUCCACAAGUCGAGCUCCACAGCCCCAAGUGGCCACAAGAUGCCUCACACCCUUUGCUCCUGGAGAAGGAUGAAUCAGAGUUAAGUUCUCUGAAGAAAGAAGAGACAGAGGAAGCCCCAAACCUAAGACAGGAGGCAGAGUGUGCAGAUCCAGCCAGGACUGAGGAAGCUUCAGCUACCUGGCACCGUGUUCGCUUGACUUCUGCAGAAGGGCUUCCAGAGAGCCCCACACCCCAAGCUCAAUCUCCAGAGGAAGGCUGGAGGCCAUCAUCUAGAGACAAGAUGGCUAAUAACAUCGGAAAUGACAAGGGGGCCUGGGACCUAGCCUUGCGCCUCUAUCACCUGAAUGGUUUCCGGAAGUCUGAAGUGGCUGCCCACCUACGCAAGAACAAUGACUUCAGCAGGGCUGUGGCUGAGGCGUACUUGUCCUUCUUCCAGUUCGAAGGCCAGAGCCUGGACCGAGCCCUCCGGGGGUUCCUCCAGGCCCUGGUGCUCAGUGGAGAGACUCAGGAGCGGGAACGAAUUCUCUACCAGUUUUCCAAACGCUUCCAUUACUGCAAUCCUGGGGCCUUCCCCUCAGUAGAUUCUAUACACACCUUGACCUGCGCGAUUAUGCUCCUUAACACAGACCUGCAUGGCCAGAAUAUUGGAAAGAGCAUGAGCUGCCAGGAAUUCAUAACCAACCUGAAUGGACUACAGGAUGGCAAGAACUUCCCCAAGGAGCUGCUAAAGGCCCUCUACUGGUCGAUCCGGAGUGAGAAGCUCGAGUGGGCUGUAGAUGAAGAGGAUGCAGCCAGACCUGAGAAGGACCAGCCCUCUCCCUCAGCUGGCAAGAUAAGCAGUCCCUUCCUCCAGAUGGCUCAGGACCCCACAGUGCCCACCUAUAAGCAGGGCAUCCUGGCUCGGAAGAUGCACCACGAUGCUGAUGGCAAGAAGACGCCAUGGGGCAAGCGAGGCUGGAAGAUGUUCCACACCUUACUGAAAGGGAUGGUUCUCUACUUCCUGAAGGGAGAGGGCCACUGGCAGGAUGGCCAGAGUUUGGUGGGACAUCUCGUGGAUGAGCCCGUGGGGGUGCACCACUCGCUAGCAAGCCCAGCCACCCACUAUACCAAGAAGCCCCAUGUCUUCCAGCUUCGGACUGCAGACUGGCGUCUCUACCUCUUCCAGGCACCUACUGCCAAGGAAAUGGCCUCCUGGAUUGCACGCAUCAACCUGGCAGCCGCCACACACUCCGCACCCCCCUUUCCAGCCGCAGUGGGCUCCCAGCGUAGAUUCGUGAGGCCCAUCCUGCCCAUGAACCCGGCCCAGAGCUCCCUGGAGGAGCAGCAUCGAUCCCACGAGAACUGCCUGGAUGCUGCCUCCGAUGACCUGUUGGAUUUGCAGAGGAACCUGCCCGAUCGACGCGGCCGCAGCCGCGAGCUGGAGGAGUACCGCUUGCGGAAGGAGUAUCUGGAGCAUGAGAAAACUCGGUACGAGACAUACGUGCAGCUUCUGGUGUCCCGCCUACACUUUCCUCUGGCGGACCUGGCUCUGUGGGAAGAUCAAGUUGGGAAGGAAACUGAAGGCCCUCGGGAGCUGAAGCCCAGCCUGAAGAAGUCCCACUCCAGCCCAUCGCUGCACCAGGAUGAGGCCCCCACCACGGCCAAGGUGAAACGCAACAUCUCAGAGCGCAGAACAUACCGCAAGAUCAUUCCCAAGAGAAACCGCAAUCCGUUGUGAAGCCAUCGUCCUCUCAUGGACACUGACUCCAGCCCUGGGGUAGACUUGAAAUGAAACCUGGUGAAGGGUGAGGCACCGUCCUUUCUGUGAUGAAGGAUGGGGCUCAUUUCCCUGUGAACUCCAUUCUCUGGCUCUCUAGAACUUUCUUAAGCCUGCCAUACUUGCUCACUGUCCCCCAUGGCAGCUCCCUCCAUCACUGACCAUUGAAGAGGAAGGCUGAGUGAGGACUUGGUUCCACUUGCAGAGUUUGUCCCAUGUGCUCCAUCCCCUAAAACACAGAGCCAUUUCGUUCCCUGGGCACGUGUGGGCCUGGGUUUCUGGGAGGUAGCCUGAGGCAGUCUAGCCAGGAUGGUCACAUCACUGGAAAUGGUCUUGUUUUGAAUCAGGUGACCUAGUCGGGGAGAGUGCCAGCAGGAUAGGGCAGGACAUCUUGGGAAUUCCUAACCAGCGUUCUGUGACCCCGAGCAGGGUGACUCCAGCACUGCCCACUAGAGGGCAGCCUUCUAACAGGAGCCUGGGCAGGUUAAAGGCCCAGGGAGGCUGUGGGGCUCCAGGCUUCUGAUCUUCAGGCUGCUUUGUCCUCCAAUCAGCCGAUGAUGCCUCCGGGGCAGAUGGGAGGGCUGCAUGCCCAAUUGUUAAUCAACAGAGCAGAGCUUGUGGCCGCGCCAGGCCACUCAGUAGGAAUGGGGGCCUCUCGAGCUCUGUGGAGAACUCUUGGAACAAGGAGCCUUUGUUUUCUGAGAGCAUUGAGGGUGGCUCUUCAAGGGUGGACCACUGUGGAGGGCGAGGGGGUGAAAGGGUGGUGACAGUUCUCCCUGGGAGUCUGCCUGGUGGAGACCGGAGACCUGGGUUCUCAACCAGACUUGGGGCACUGCUUUCUGCGGCUCCGGCCCCCACCCUCGAUGCCCCGCAAAGCUGCAUUCCUGGUGUCAGGACCUCUUUCUCAUUCCCAGGGCAGCUCCCAGGGAUUUGCUGCCUUGCCUUGGGAAACCCCCUUGUACUUCUUUUUGGCUUCUUCCCAGGUAUGCCUGUUCUCCAGGGGAGGUUCUGGAGACUCAGGGACUUAGGGCUGUGCCUGUAGGGAGGAGACCGGGCUCCGGGAGCAGCCACCAUUGUCUCUGUUCAGCCAUGUGUGCAAAGAAGUUUCUGGCCAACCGGGCCUCUGCUGCCCACCCUCUGACUGACACGUUGCCUCUCCUGCCUUCCUGCUGGGCCGUGUGUCCUCCCUUCCAAUAAUGCUUGUAACAACUCUGAGGGCUUGGAGCUCCACAACGUGGGGCUGGUCCUUAGCGGUCAUGGCAGGGAGUCUCUGGCCAGGGCCUGGGGCUGGCCCAUGCACCCAAUGGGUGUGCAAUAAAUAGAGCCUAUCAAAGAAGUGUGUGUGUAAGUGUGUAAGAAAGGGGGGAGUCAGGUAGCCAGGGCUAACUACAGUGUGGCGGCUGCAUCUUCCUUUGCCCCCAUGUGAUAGUGUGUUUGUGUAUGUGUAUAGAUUGCUCCAUGUGUUCGUGUGUGUGUGUGUGUGUGUGUGUGUGUGUGUGUGUGUGUGUGUACCCCAGUCACAUGGUUAAAACCUGAUGAAGCUGAGAAACAUUUUCCACCCACUCAGUUUUUUUCACUUUACAGAUGCUGUAUGGCCAGUACUAAGGGAUUUGAAAUAAACGAAAUGUCCCUGACCCCGUGAGUUAGCAGUCUUGACCACUGCUUCCCAGCUGUCAGUAUUAAGAUAAAUGUUAUUUUUCUGGAGAAGCAUCUAUUCCUCUUCCUGCCUCAUGACCAGAGAUCUUUGACUCAGUAGACCAGUCAAGUGGAUGUGCAUACAUGUUUGAAACAUCUAAAGCAGCUCUGAGAUCUAGCAGAUGUUAACAGCCACACAAGGGUGCAACUAUCUCAUUGUAUUGAGGAGAACACUUAGCAUGGGUAGGUAUGACAUGGCCCAGGACUAGUACAAGCUAAGUGGGUACAAGUGAGUUCUUUGAGCUCAUUAAACAUUCGGCCUGAUUUCUAAUACCAGAAUAAAAGGUAAAGGUUUGUUCA